CUCGAAUCGUUAGCUGUGCUUUGGUUACGGUCUUCGGCAGAUAAAACAUUGGGAGAAAUUUUUUCAGCUUUAAGUGUACAUAAGUUUUGGGCUGUCUUUUUGUGUUUGUUCUGCAACCAACAAGAAAUCGUGAAAAGUCUGUGAAAAGUGAGUGUUGGAUAGAGAAAUGUAGUGCUAGAAAGCGUUUAGUUUAUGUGUUUAAAACGGGCAAAGAAAGUUUCCAAAUCAAAAUCGAAGUGUGCUCUGACCGAGAGAUGCUGCACCGAUCGAUGUGUGUGAUUUUGGGUGCUAUGCAAAUUCAUGGAAAAGGUGUUUGAAUAAUUGAACAACUGAAUGGAACAUCGAUUUGGUCCAGGCCGAAAGUUAACCGACGCCAGCGACGUCUGUGUCGGGAAUUGGCACCACACCACCCCACACACAUUGAGGAACCACUGCAUUAUUGUUAUUGUUAUACAGAGUGUUGUGUUGCGCGCCCAUGUGUCACAGUCCCGAAGGCAGCGCGCGUUCGUCGGAAGUCUGAAGUGUGGUGUCGCAUCGUAUUGUUGUGAAGCAGCAGAAGAAGCAUGGAUUUGUUCCAUAGCUUGCAUGUGCUUUCAGUGCAGUUCGGUGUGUGACGGGUGCGAGAAGCGGGUUUGAGAGUUCUCAGUAAACGAAAAAAAGCAAAUGCAACAGCAGCAGUAGCAGCAAACGGAAGGUGUGCUUUCGAGGAAAAGUGUGAUUCGAUUGAAGGUGAAAAAAAGUGAUUUGAAUUUUUGUUUCAUCUUUUCGUUGGGAAGAAAAAAAAAGUGGAAAAAGUGUUGAGAUGUGCAAAGCAGAGACAGUGCCGUGGAGCAGAAGUAGUCGCCUUUGGAUGUGAGGUUAUGUUUGGAAACCGGUGCGGCGGCUUCCUUUUGUUUGGAGAAGUUGUCAGAAUUGUUUGUUUUUGGUGAAUAGAACAAUAACCAGUAUUCGACGGAACCGAGUGUUAUUAUUCCUGUGCGACUGGAACUGAUCCGCUGCCGACAGCUUGGGAACCUUUGGACGGAUCGCGCUAGAUCCAUCAAUCUCUCCAACCUGGACUCGUGAGCCGGCAUCGCCACCAUGGAUCACGCGGUUCAUGCGGCCCGAGGAAGACCAUGGAACAAGCUACGCUUCGAGAACAACGAGCUAGAAUGUCUGUACCAGCGAUACACGCUCAAACUGCAGCGGUUCUCCGUAACCGGAGUGGUCGCCCUGCUGGUGGUCCUCUGUGGGGUCAUGGCGGGGCUCAGCCUCGGCUACAACCAGGCUCCGACGUUACAUAACGUCUACAACUCCUUCAUGUGCCUACUGUUUUCGGUGAUCCUCGCGCUGCUCCAGUUCCGACUGAUCCGCGACUCCCACCUGCCCUAUCUCUGCUACGGAAUUCUGUUCUUCACGGCGGCCUUCUGCUUCAUCUCGAUGCCCACCGUCGGGAUAGUGUUCCCGGUGGACACGCGCGAGGUGAUGGCCGAAGGCGUUUGGCAGAUUGUGUUUGUGGUGUUCCUGGCGUACGCCAUGAUGCCCCUGCACAUCUGGGAAGCGGUGCUGUUCGGCAUUAUUCUACCGUCGAUCCAUGUGGGGCUGACCGGGUACAACAUCUACAACGAGAACUUUCAGUAUCUCGCCUUUCAGCAGCUGGCGGCAAACAUCGUCAUCUUCGUGGGCGUCAACGUGGCCGGCCUGGUGGUGAACGUGAUGAUGGAACGGGCCCAGCGGCGGGCCUUUCUCGACACUCGCAACUGCAUCGCUGCUCGACUCGAGAUGGAGGAUGAAAACGAGAAGCUCGAGAGGCUGCUACUUUCGGUGCUUCCGCAGCACGUGGCGAUGGAGAUGAAGAACGAUAUCCUGUCGCCGGUGGAGGGUCAGUUCCACAAGAUCUACAUCCAGAAGCACGAGAACGUGAGUAUUCUGUUCGCGGACAUCGUUGGCUUUACGGUGUUGGCAUCGCAGUGUAGCGCUCAGGAGCUGGUGCGACUGCUGAAUGAGCUGUUUGGGCGGUUCGAUCAGUUGGCCCACGAUAACCACUGCCUGCGGAUAAAGAUUCUGGGCGAUUGCUAUUACUGUGUGUCGGGCAUUCCGGACCCGAGGGCGGAUCACGCGAGAUGUGCCGUCGAGAUGGGCCUGGAUAUGAUCGAUGCCAUCGCCUCGGUUGUGGAACAGACCGAUGUCAUUCUCAACAUGCGUGUUGGCAUCCACUCGGGCCGGGUGCUGUGUGGGGUGCUAGGGCUCCGGAAGUGGCAGUUCGAUGUGUGGUCGAACGAUGUGACCCUGGCGAACCACAUGGAGAGUGGAGGUGAACCGGGUCGCGUUCAUGUGACUCGUGCCACGCUCGAUGCCCUUGGGGGAGAGUAUGAGGUGGAAGCGGGUCACGGAGAUACGCGAGAUUCGUAUCUGCGGGAUAACCAGAUUGAUACCUAUUUCAUUGUGCCGCCAGCGCACCGGAGAAAGCCUCUCAUGCUCAACACGCUCGGAGUGCGAUCGGCACUGGGAGCCGCAAACCGGCGGAAGUUGUCCUUCCGAAACGUCUCCAACGUGGUCGUUCAGCUGCUGCAUACCAUCAAAUACUCGGUGCCGGUGCCGUUCUCCCACAUGGCCACCACUGGUUCUCCCUAUCCCGGUGGAGGAGGCAGCGGACCUUCCGGAGCUUCAGGGCCAGGCGGUGGUAAUAGCGGAAGUGGUGGCGGCGGCGCUGGAUUGUUCCUCGACAAAAAUGCCCGAAAGGUGCACUUUCUGCAGGGUGUCCUGCACGCUGGCCCGUAUCAAGCCGGGGCAGGAGAGAACGCCGGUCUGAUGGGCGACGGCCGCGGCGGUGGCGGUGGCGGCAGAUGCGGUCCGGCUGGGGGUGGCGCCUCCUGUUUGAGCGAUUCCUCUCAGUACGAUACGGAUUCCGCCACGCUAAAAAACAAGGUGACGGACAAGUUCAAGCGACCGUUCAAGAAGCGUCACUCCAGCGUGUACCACCAGCCCUCGAACCGGGUCAACAAGUUCCUAUCGCAGGCGAUCGAGGCGCGCAGCGUCGACCGGGAGAAGUCGGUGCACGUAAAGCGCAUCACGCUGCAGUUCCGCGAGAAGGAAAAGGAACGCCAGUACCAUCAGGAUUUCGAUCUCGGGUUCACCACCGCCAUGGGGUGCAGCCUGCUGUUGUUGAUUCUGAGUGCGGGACUUCAGAUCUCGGCCCUGCCACGUACCCUCAUAUUGCUGCUGCUCUUUCUGACGGCUUUCAUAUGGAUAAGUUCGAUACUGAUGCUGCUGUUGGCGGUGAGGCUGAAGUGGAUCUUCUGGGAUCUCUCGCAGAGUUUCUCGCUGCGGCUGGCCAUCACCAUUUUCACCAUCGUGCUGCUGUAUUCCGUCGGUCAGGUUAAUGUGUUCACAUGCCUCUCGGAUCAUCCGUGUACGACCAACUUCACCACCAAGACUGUUCCGGAUCUGCACCAUCACCAUGACGCCUCUUCAUCCGUGCUUGCUUCGCACGAGACGAAUGUUCCAUUCCCGGUGGACGGUGGAAUGCCAUCGGCGGCGGCCGCACCGGGUGCCGCAGUGCUCAAUCAUUACGCCCACCGGAAGUGUGCCCUGCCUCAGUACAUCUCACUGUCGGCUGCCUUCUCUUUCCUAACCGUGUCCAUCUUUUUGAGGCUUCCGAUAAUGGUGAAAACCUGCUUGGUCACCCUGAUGGGUACUAUGUACUGUCUCUUCAUCGAGCUGUCCCACACGAACAUCUUCGACUGCUACGACCAGCGGGUGGAGUCGGCGAUCCCGCUGCACACCAUCUCGCUGGCGCGGAUCAUCAUCUUCAUGAUUGCCAUCCUGGCCCACGGGAGACAGGUCGAGUGGACGGCCCGGCUGGAUUUCCUCUGGCAGCUGCAGGCUUCCCAGGAGAAGAAGGAGAUGUCGGUGCUGCAGCAAUCGAACCGAAGGAUCCUGUACAACCUGCUGCCGUCGCAUGUGGCGUCUCACUUCCUGGACAACCAGUUCAGCCGGAACAAUAUGGGUACGCUCGGGGCCAACCAGGAUCUGUAUCAUCAGAGCUACUGCAAGGUGGGGGUGAUCUUCGCCAGUGUGCCCAACUUCCACGAGUUCUACACGGAGCUGGACGGAUCGAACCAGGGCGUGGAGUGUUUGCGGCUGCUCAACGAGAUCAUAGCGGACUUCGACGAGUUGCUGUGCGAGGAACGGUUUCAGGCGAUCGAUAAGAUCAAAACGGUGGGGAGUACCUACAUGGCGGCGGUUGGCCUGAUUCCGGACUUCAAGAUGCUGCCCAACGACCAGAACUCGGCCCGGAAGCUGAUGACGGCGUUGAUUGAUUUCGUGAAGGCGAUGCGGGUCACGCUGAAGAACAUCAACGAGAACUCGUACAAUAACUUCAUGCUGAGGGUGGGGGUUAACGUGGGGCCGGUGGUGGCUGGGGUUAUCGGAGCUAGGAAGCCCCAGUACGACAUCUGGGGUAAUACGGUUAACGUGGCGAGCAGGAUGGACUCGACCGGUAUUCCUGGGUAUACUCAGGUGACACAGGAGGUUAUCGAGAGUCUACAGGGAAGUCACUUUGAGUUCCGGUGUCGAGGGCAGAUCAAGGUUAAGGGUAAAGGGGACAUGGUGACGUACUUUUUGUGUGAACAGAACGAAAAUCUGCUGAACGGAGGGUUGGCUGGGAUGGGAGGAAUGGGCAGCAGCGUGAUCGUUAUGGGGGGUGGCGGGAAUGGAACGAUGGGAAGGGAUAAGCAAGCACCUGUGCCGAAUAUCAUUUCAAAUUAUCAAACCGAUAGCUUCCACCAUUUGAACAUCACCAGUGUUGGUGGUAGUCAGCAGGGAUGCUUCCAAACGCAAGCUGCAGUUUUGCAGCCCCAAAGUUACUACAUGAAGUGUUCCGAUAUGGACAGUGGAAGUAUGAAAAACACAAAAUGGCAGCUGGGGAAUGAUAGUUACUCGAAGAAAGAAAGCUAUAACUUCUUGGAGAGUCCAAAUUUGUUGCAUCAACAAACGCCAACCGGUCAGCACCAUUUCCCUCAGCAACAGCAGCAGCAGCAGCAUCAACAGCAAUCACAAAUGAAAGCUGCUUACAAGCACAAUAACAUUAACAACAACCACAUAAACGCUGGCUUUCUUGGAAACCAUAACCUGUCGAAAAAUGGCAAUAAUAACAACUACAGUAAACGUAAUGACUACCAUCAACCGACAGGACAGCACCAAUCAAAUUAUAAUAUACGGGAAAACUUCAACAUUAUUGAGAAUCCUAGUGUGAAAGACAUAGACGAGAACAAUUUCAAUAAAUCGAACCAUAGUGGACAUAAGGUGAGAAAUAAGAACCACCAUCAUCACCAUCACCACCACCAUCGGCACGAUGGCAGUGGAUCCAAUCACAUCGCGGCCAGUCGGGGAGCUUACGUGACUGCUUCCGAGAACGAACCCCUGCUUGGCUCCGGAAUGGUGGGAAAUGCAGUCAUUAAACCCAUCCAACAGAUCCAACAAAUCCCUAAAUACGAACCGCCACGGUAUGCUACCGGGAAUGCGUCCUUCGCUCAUCCGACCAAUAAUAACACCAACUACAACUUCCCCGUCAUAUCGAACUAUCAUCACCAACAAGCCGCUGCAGCCACCCGUCAGCACCAGCUCUACCAGCAACAACAACAGCAGCAACAGCUACUCAAGCAGUACAUCAAACCCCUUCCCAAGCUGCCCCACGAGUUUGACGAAUCCCGUGAUAUGUCCUCGACGGACGACCUCAGCUCGCGGCCCCGCUCUCCGUCGGUAAGUUCCUCCGACGAAAGUUACUCCAAGACUACGGAAGGGGGCGAGGAGGAAGACCUCGCCGAACGGUCGCCACUACCACCACAUGGUGGCGGCGCCGCCUACUUCAACAACUUCAACAACCCGCUCCAGUAUCUCUACCCGGGGGACAUCCAGGUGGACCCGACGUCGACAUCGUCCCCGAAGCUCAGCCCCAUUGACUUCUCCAACAUGAAGGACUUCGAGGUUACCACGACGGCCGAGACGAAAUCCUCCGUUCCGAACAAGGGCGAAUCGUGUACGAGCUUCGAGUUUCAGGACCGGGGCAGUAGUGGAAGUGGUUCGACGCCGGCUGCGCCCGGCGGCUUCCCAAAGUCGGCCUUCGAGCGGGAGCUGCAGCGAAGGAUGGCCGAAUCGCAGUCGAGACCGAUGCUGGCUGCAUCGGCUGCCGCUGUAAGCAAUAAUAACUCCUCUGUGGACCAUCCACAGCAGCAGCAGCUACAAAUGGAUCAAUGUCAACAACAGCAGACGCAGUCGCAGCAUCACCAUCAUCAUCACCUUCCGGUGCGGAGAGACUCACUGGAAAAGGUGAAGAACGUGAACAAUCUGCUGCUGGCGAAGCACCCGGGAACGCUGGAAGCGAUCAAGGAGGCUACGCGGAACAAGAAUCCCUCCGAAUCGAGUCAUAUGCAAACCUCGGACACGGAAUCGUGCGAAAUCAUCCACGACUACCGGACGCGAACGGGAUCCAUGGAGAGCAGGCAUCACCCUCAUCAUCACCACCACAAUCACAACUCGCUGACACAGUCGCCAAGACUGCACAACCGGAACCACCAUCACCAUGCGCCGGCGCCGCACCAUUUGUCGCAGCAAAAACAACUCCAGCAGCAGCACAGUGUAUCGAAAAAAUCCUCCAACGAGACUUCCUCAAAUAUCGAGGCGGAUGAGGACCUGCGGCUGUCGAAUGAGGCCGUUUACCGGGGGCGAGGACGGGACUCGGAUGAUAUGCUUGAUGACGACGAACCGGAUGGGGUAGAAGAGGAGGAAGUUGAAGAGGAGGAAGAAUCGGAGGAUGACGAUGAGAAUGAGGAAGAAGAGGAGGAGGAGGAAGACGAGGAAGAAGAGGACGAUGAAAAUCGUCCACAGCAGCAGCGGAUGGAGGGAGGACGACGGAGGUUGGGGGCCACCGCUGGUGGUGGGAUGGGGCGAGAACGAAGAAGGAGCAAUUCGGAUGCGGUUACGCGGAACUAUAUUUCCGAUGAACUGAAGUACGGUGCGGGACACAAUCGACCCGGGUGGGAACGGGAUCAUAACAGUAGUAGUCAUCACAAUAAUAGCCAUAGUUCGCAUCACAACCACCAGUCGCUAGAUUCGAACCCAGUGGAAAGUCAGUCGGAGUGGAGCGAUGACGAGUGUCGGGAGGAGGCGACCGGCGGUGCCGAGAGCACCGGCUACAUCACUGACGAACCCGGCCUGGAGAAUAUCUCUCUGCUGAACGAGGCCGGUCUGACGGACGCCGAGGGUGCUUUGUCGGACGUGAACUCGCUCUACAACGCACCGGACGUGGAUGACACUUCGAUAUCGUCCCGUGCCAGCAGUCGGCUGCUGAGCCUGGACUCGCUGAGUGGACUGUAUGACUGUGAUUUGGACUCGAAGCACGAGAUGGCCAUCGUGAGCGUGUCGCACAAGAUAAGCAGUAAGUUUGGGGGGCCAGGCACGACGACGACGGCAACGGGAAAUUCUUCCAUCGGGUGAGGUUCGCUUGGAGCCGGCAGUUGCGGUAGCCACCAUAGUGGUCCCGCAUCCGUCGGUCGAGUCAGUAGUGGUACUGGUACAAGCAAUCCUACCCAGGAGGGACAGGACGAUGAGCCCAGGAAGGACUGUAAAUAGGGUGAGCAGGUUGUGCGAACAGACAGAAUCGUUGAAGUUAGAUAGUAUUGCUUUAAAGGAAAAUGUGAUUAUAAAGGGGUGAACGGUGGAAGCUUUUGACGCGUUGGUAGAGCUCACUUCCCCAUUUUGUGUGCUAUAUAAAAAGGAUGCAUUUGUAUGAUUAUGUUAAUAGAGAAGAACUACAUUUUGUUAUAUUAGUUUAUUCUUGUUGGUUAAAAAUUAGUCUACGAAUUGAAUUCAGUGGCACAUAAUCUAGUACUGCAAAAUGGCGCAAUCUUUUUUCGACCAAUUAAAUGGCAAUCUUGCGUUCAAGUUUUUUCACUUGCAUACAAUCUAUGGUCAGUUGUCAGAUGCUGCACUCAGUUUCAUAUGUUCUUCAGUUUAGGAAAUACAAAGUUUCUUUUCAAACAACCAAUACUCGCUUAACUUUUCAAAAGGUCCUAAGUAACAAAUGUAAACCGAUUAAGUUUAUCAACGCAUUUAAUUAUGCAAGUAACUGUGCACACCAUACUUAAACAAACAUCCCGAUUAAUGGUUUUAAAAUUAUGAAAAUUCAAUACAAACAUACCAUCUUAUGGCCAAAUGCAUAUCAUACAUGUUCCACUGUUAUAUAAAACGUUUGCUUACGGUGGUCUGAAGUGCACUGAGAGAAAUAAUUAGUAAAUAUAACGAUUUUUUUGGUAAAUACUACCAAUCUAUAGUCAUUUUCGACCGUACUAAUAAACACAUAUGUCAAGCAGAACCAUGAUUCGGAAGCCCAAUAUCGGCUACAUCAGAAUUAUAUCCUUAUUAUACCUCCGUAUUGCCUUAUGGGAACAAUGAAAAUGGUUAAUACGCGCUUUUCUCACCAAUUUUCAGAUAUGACAAUAUCCAAGCUUACUAAUGUUAUCGAGUAAAAUAUACUAAUCUCUGGUAGGGAUGCGGGUUUGUUGACAAUAUGUACAAGAAAUUUGUACAUUCUACUAAUUUUGCAUUACCAAAUGUAUUUAGUAGUUUUCGACCGAGGAUUUUUCUAAGGGUGCUAUAAAAACAACAGCGCUGCAAGUUUGACAGUUUUACCGGCUCAUUCUAUUACGCGGUACUUUGAGGAAGUUUGCAAGUUCUGCAUGACUACAAUUCACACCUUCGUUACAGACAAAGAUUUACUAUCUGGAGAACAGUUCAAACUAGAUUUUCGCCAACAGUACAAUCCGAAAAAGACUGUUUUAAGUCUGGUUAAAUGCGACUGGAAAGAAGAACUGUACUUGAAAAUGUUUUGUUAUAUAAUUUUGAAACUCAAUAGAGUCAGGAAAAAAACUUUUUUGUUUCCGACAAGUGUUCACUUUAUCUAGUGCAAGCUUCUAACAAAGUAUCAACGUUUUGGGUCUCUAAAUGUUCGUUAAAUUUCUGGCAACGGUAUUACUAAAGCACAUCAUGUCAUUUUUGAUGAAAGUCUAGGAAGCUAUAACAAUUAUGUAAUAUGGCGUCAAAAUUCUUUGUUUGAAUCUUGGAGAAAUUGACGUUUUCCAACCAGAACAAUUCCACAUUGAAAGGUAUGUUAGAAGAAUACUUCAUUCAUAACCCAUAACUCACUAAAUUAAUUACAAUAAAUCUUUUACUCGUUCCGACUGAUUCCAGUUACCAUUCCAACGUGUGCAAAUGUUCACUCCGUUGGAUCCAUUUUCUUUGAAUCUUUAAAUAAGCCAAAAUCCAGUGGACGAUACACCGUUGAAAUUUCCGAGAGAGUGACGCUGGACUGCAAGGUUUCGAACGUAAAUACCUCUUUAUCGGCUGAAUGGAGUGGUAUAAUGCUAACUUCAUUCGAAAGAUAGAAUGUCAAAGAGUUAUAUGAUUGUCACUUAUUGGUCUAUAACAUCGUUUUAAUAGCUUCAAAAUUGCUUUGAAAACAGGAUAUUGAAAUCAUAACAAUCUAGCUCAUUGAUGAUGAUUGCUUUUGUGAUAAUCGGAAUGUGUUCCCGAACACGGAGGCAAAAUCAAGGCAGCUGGAGAAACCGUCAUCGCGAAACAUGCAGGCUGUGAUUUUUUUUACUCGCUUGCAAAUGCGCUCGAGCAAAGUAAUAUUUGCGCAUUCGGUUCCCAUAAUGCAAUCGUAUCCAAGAGUAUCUGUUUCCCUUCUGCUAUUCUCACGAGAACAAAAUAGAAUUAUGUAUCAAACUUCAUCAGUAGCUUUUGCAAAGCCACGCAAACCAAACGGUUCUUUUCUGGACCACCAACAAGUUCGAAAUAGUUGAAUUUCAUGUUAAUAACAACUGCAUACUCAUACUCAUCCACUCACACACUAACAAGGAAAACUUUCAACAAUCUUUAGAAAUAAUUAUUCAUUCAUUCAUUCAUUGAUUAUUGAUUCAGAUGAAAUUUUAAACAAAUGAUUCCAGAGCCAGUGGUAGUCCUACGUCUACCUUGGGGUUAUAUCACUGAUAUAACCCACUUCUGGUUUUUAUUAUUAUUAUCUCGGAUAUUAUUUUAGAAUGCAUUGAACUGCCAAAACUCUUUUUUGAAAGAUUUGAUGGCCCUGAAAAGCGCCGUGUUUUAUGGAAUGGUUCCAAUUUAAAAAAAACUUUGUAAACUCGUGGUUUUGAGAAGAAGAAAAAAACAUUUUGAACGCCCUCGAUGCCUUGUUCCGGAUGCUAGUUGGUGUUGCUGCGAAAAUCGUAAUGUGUUAUAGGAGCGAAGCAGUUUGUGUAAUAAACAAACUUUUUGUUACCGCUCUCUGCUGGCGUUUUGCGAUCGCGUUGGCCAAUCGCCACUCGAUGCAAAUAGUUGUCGCCUUGAUGAACAUUUCUGAACAUUUCAGUUCAUUCGUUUCUAGCCUUGAGACAGGCCCUCUGCGGAAACUCCUCUACACUCAUGCCUUUAGGAAGGCAUUCGAUUCCUCGCCGUCUAGCUAGUCCAGCAAACGAUGCUCACAAGCCGAAUGUUUCACAAAGAAUGAUGUUUUUGGGAAGCAACAGCCAAAUUUAUUUCAUUCGACUGGCCGUGAAAUCACAAGAUGGAGUGCUUGUAUCCAAAUUAUAUUCCGCUGUUACUCUAGUUGCUCCUUUUGGUCGGACCCAUUUGAGGAGCACAAAUUGAACUAAUCAAAAGGAGAUACAGAGCGCGUUUGGACAAAUUUCACAAUUAUUCAAUUGUUCAUCUCAAGAAAAAAUAAUAUUAUUCAUUGUGAUAGAUGCGUACAAAUAUUUCUUAUCAUUCGAUGUAAACGACGAUUAUUGCGAUCUAUUGAGAAAUGGUCGAGUGCAAAGCGUUCGAAAUCUUCCAUUUUUCCUACAGUUCAGUGCCUUGAUUUUCCUUUUACCCCCUAUAUCUCCGGUUAGACGUAGUCCUACGUCAAAAAUCUGCAACGAUUCACGAUCAUCUUGAGAUUGUUUGUACUCAACCUGCACAGGAAGAAAGGCGUACGAACGCCACUUCACGGUGAAAAUGAAAUGAAAUAACCUCGCAUCUGCGAACAGAAAACAGUCGCUGGGGGUCAGAUCUGGAGAAUACGGUGAAUACGGAAGCAAUUUGAAGCCCAAUUCAUGCAAUUUUACAAUCAAUACACGAAACUCGAAUUUUUCCAUUUCUUGACAAUAACAAAAGUUGGUUCACUCUCAAUGCUGUAACUCACGAACCAAUCGACCGAUUGUUGUCAAAUUUUGACACGUAUCAAUUGGAAGAUGGUGCUUUGUGAUAGUCAAGUAGAUUUUUGCAAGAGGCGCCACCUAGACGUCAACCUUAUGAACUUUUCAGCCGAACUGUUACAUUGCUUACAUUGUUUGUACAAGAAAUUUUAAAAUUUUGUUUACGUCCUAAAGUUUUACAAGACCAACACUUUUACAAACUAUUCCGUCAUCCUUUACUCAUGAUUUUCUCUGGAUUUAAAAUUUGUUAGACAGGUCCUGUUGAAAAGUUAUACGAGAAUUGUGAUCAAUGAAAAUAUAUAAAAUUGAUCAAUUGGAAAGUCGUAGAAAUUUCACAUUGCAGUAUGAUUAGAAUUGAUUAAGAGUACACAUUUGUUUUUUGUACGUAUUUGUUUUGGUAUCGAAUAAAUUUAAACAGUAAAUCGAAGAAAAGCAAAAGUAACGCCAAGUGAAUAUGGAAUGUGAUAUGUACUGAAAAUAGUUGUCGUAAAGCUUGCUUCGAGGCUUCGGGGGAAAAGAGACGAAUCUUCAUCCGAUUGAUUCACAGUCAGGAAGUUCACUCCACUGUAAACGGAUAGAUUCCUACACAAUUGCAAUAGUCAGUCAGUAGAGGAAGAGGAAAAACAAACGAAAGCGAAUCUAAACCAGUUUUUGAACGAGGAAAAGACUUAAAAUGAACUAAGAGAACAUAUUCAAAGCUAGUUUCUGGUAGACACAAAGGAGCACACCUUAACUGCGAAAACUCACUUAAAAGAGCUAUACUUAAGUAGUGUUUUUUUUUCUUCGCGUUUUAGAACAAAUUUCUGUUCUGUACAAAUCUCUCUACUUCGAAACGAAACGAAAAACCCUGUAAAUCUAUAUUGUUUCCAUCACACACACUCUGUAAAAUAGGUCGCUUUCAAUCCCACCUUUCUCAACCGAAAUGCACACCGAAACGAUUGAAUAUUAUAAUUAGAAUAUAUUAUUAAACAAAGAUAUUUCACAAAACAACAAAAAAAAACACUCACACGCAAAAACAAUGCUUUCAAAAAGCUGUCUUAACUGUCUCUGUAUUAAAAAUUGGAGUUUGAUAUAUAUUAUUACUAUUAAAACUAUUAUUAACUAUUGAUUAUAAUUAGUAAUUUAUAUACAAUACAAAAAGCAACAGAGGAGCAAACUGCGAUUCGAGAAUGACAAAUGGAAAAAUGAUAUAAACCAAAAGUAUCUCACAUUGAUAUUCAGAACACGGACACUAAUAGGAGUUAGACUAAGGAAUGUAAGGAAUGCUUUUGGAGAUGAUGCGCGAGGAAACGAACGAAUUGUACAUUUUUUUGUUCUUCUGUUAGUCAAUCCAAAACACAAGCAAACGGAAUUCAUCGGGAAUUAUCGGCACAAACAUACAAACACACACACGCGCGCGCGAGAAUCAAAAAAUUGCUCACACAUGGAUUUGACACACGCAACUCAUACUCAUACGGAAAGCGUCAAUUGUUACUCAUAUUAUCGGGAGGGUUGUUAUUGCGAAACAAUUUCUCUCCCCAUUCGGAAUGCAGAUUAGUAUUCUCCACGGUUAAACCAGUGGCGAAAAACUUUAUAGAACCCAUAUGGAAACGGCAAAAAAAUCAGUUGCAAUAUUUGAUAUAAUCAUCAACCAGGGAGAGAAAGAGCAUGUCAGGAAAAAAAAUGAGAACAACAAAAACUUAUGUCUUAUGGAAUUAAUUCUCAAUUCGCUGUAAAUAGCUGCAAAAACCAAUGGGCAGCUGGAAUA